GUUAUGGGAAAGCAGUGGACUGGUAUUCACUUGGCAUAUUAAUGUUCGAGAUGUUGGCCGGCUAUCCACCAUUCUACGACGAUGAUCCAAUGCGAUUAUAUGAGAAAAUAUUGAGCGGCCGAAUAAAGUAUCCCGCAUAUUUUGAAUCCGCGGCAAAGGAUUUAAUAAAACGAUUGUUAACUGCCGACUUAUCGAAACGUUACGGAAACCUUAAAGGUGGUAGCGAAGAUAUUAAAAGACACUCAUGGUUCAAAGGAGUCGAUUGGGAUCGAUUACUAAGACGAGAGAUUCAGCCACCGUAUAUACCGAAGGUCAGCGGUGAUGGGGAUACUAGUAAUUUCGAUCUUUAUCCCGAGGAGCGAGAGCCGUAUGGGAUACCAUGUGCUGAUAAAUAUCGUGAAAAAUUUCCUAGCUUCUAA